GCAACCGCAGUACGACCACCACCCGCGUUCUUCUCGUUUCCAUUCCUUUCGAUCCAUCGAUCCAUGGAGCCGAAUCAUCCUCGCUAGGGUUCGUUUUUCUUCAUCUGAUUGUCUCGCUGUUGCGUGGUUUAUGAUCUGUUUUUGAAUUAUCAAAGUUUCUGUUAUAACCGGAGGAGAUCAACUAUGUCGAAAACAAGAGGUCGUGUUAGAUGGAAUGAGGCAAACCUGGAUGAGAUUGAGUCUAACAAACCGGUACGGCAGAAAAUUACUGAGCCUAAGACACCUUAUCAUCCAAUGAUUGAUGAGGAUGGUUCUUUGUCACCUGUGCGGGUGUUUGAUGAAUGCUUGGAUAAUAUUGAGCAUGCAGAUGCUAUUAGGAAUGCUUUGAAUGAUGUGGCAUCAUCAAGUAAAGGGAAUCUUGGGCAAACUGGAGGUUGGACAUCGUCUGAAGAUGAGCCUGAUACCAUGGAUCAAGACGAAGAUUCUGAGACUGAUCGAAGCAUGAGCUUCAAGGAACAUCGCCGGGUUCACUAUGAUGAAUACCGGAAAGUGAAGGAACUCCUUCGGAGCGGGUCCUUCAUGGAUGACGAGGUAGAUGAAGAUGUUGUCGCCCAGGGAAAUGCCAUAGAAAGGUGCAAUUCAACAUCGUCCUUGAGCGGGGGUGUUAGUGGUAUAGAUCUCAGCAGUGAAGACAACCGAUCUCAAGUCACGCAGGAUCAUCAAGACCAAACUGCAUCAACUAAACUUCAAAACUAGUUAAUGCUUCAGUCCUCUUGUUCUGUGUUUUUGUCUCUUCCAAAAAGAAGGAUAUGAAAUGGCAGAGACUUUAUUUGCAGAGACUUAUUAAAUAUUAGUGCAGUGUCUGGUCAUCAGAAAUUGUAUUUCUUUUGUUGGUGUUCCUUGGGGAUGUUAGAAAGAGUCUCUAACAUGAUGUAAACUGGCUUUCACUUUUUUACCCCUUUUCUGUUUUACGUGGUGCAAGUUUUAGUCA